CACGUUCUUCUUCAUAAAAAAGAAAUCGUUCUUCCUUUCCUUUCGCCGGCGGCAACAGCGACCUAGCGUGGUGCGGUGGUGGAUCUCCGGCAGCCUAGCCCGCUUCUCCAACCAGCAUGCUGAUUUCGUUUUCAUCUUCUCCUUAUGUCCUUGUUGAUUUUGUUCGUUUUUCUUGAAUUCAGUCGUUUACAAGUUCAAUUUUUCCAUACUGUUUUUAUUUCAGCUCUUGAUUGUGUUUAUGGAAUUUGAAGACUUUAAACUGAGUCUAGUUUCUUUUCUGCAAUUGUGGUGUUGCAUUUCUACGUUUGUACAAACUGAUUUUCAUGAUGCCCUUAAGCUGUUCGAUGAAAUGCUUCAUUGAAGUGUCUUUGUUCAAUUACUUUGUAGUAAGUUUGGUAUCAAUCCUGGCUCUGAGUUUGGAGUGGUAUGUGAUGAAGCAAACAAGUAUGGUGGUUUUUUUUAGCUAAGCCAAACUUUUAUAUAUAAAGCACAAGAUGUGCCAAGAGUAACAAAUAGUACAGACCCAAGGUCAGAAAAAAUAAACAGAGAACCAAGGGAGAAUGGGAAAAAAAGGGAAAAAGAUAAUUGAUAUCAAGCAGUCGUUUGUUAGUUGCUUCCAAAAUUUUAGAAGUGAUGCUGGAUAGGUGUUUGAUCACUGUAGUAUUAGUAUAUGGUUUAGAAGUUGUUCUCACUGGUCAUUCUUUCUUAGAAUUGCUUCUCUAUAUUUUCAUUUGUCUGGCUAAGAAACUAGGUUAUAUGAGAAAAUAAAGUUACUUAUGACACACUUUCAACACAGUUAUUAGCUUAUUGCUCAUGUUAUAUAUGUUUUUUUUAUCACAUUAACAUAAUGGUGGUUCAUUAAAGAUCUUGAAUUGACAAAAGUCCCAAAGACUUCUUCUGAUGAAGUCAUGCUGAAUGAGGAUGAAGAUGCAAAAGUGGAAGGCACUGAUUCAGGCUUCAUUUGGGAUAAAUUUGGUCACAUAGUAAGGGAAAAUUAUAGAAAGGGAAUUUGGUUGUCCCACAUAGAUUUGAUUCUACUUGUAUUUCAUAAUCAUUUUUUCUUUGUUUUAACUUUGAGGCUAGUUAUCUUAUUGGACAGUAGUAUAAUGGUGCUUUUAAUUCAGGGAAGAUUGAAAUAUGCAAAGCUGUUCAAUGAGUUUGAAAUUCCUUUGGUCAUUAUCAAAAUAAUUGGAUACUGAAUAACUAAACUUAAGGCAUGUAUUUAUAACUUUACAAGCUGUCUUGAUAAGGAAUUGCAGACUCUUCAUGCCAUUGAUAUUGUAUUUGAUUGCACAAUUACCAAUUGCUCAAAGUAGUCAUUUGGCUUUUUUGGUGGACAGGUCACCAAUUACCAUGUUGUUGCUAAACUGGCUACUGAUACAAGUGGUUUACAACGUUGUGUUCCUAGCUGAUACCAAAGGAAAUAGCUUUUACAGGGAAGGGAAAGCAAUUGAGUUUGAUCCAGCAUAUGAUCUAGCUGUCCUCAAGGUUACAUUGAAGAGAACAUGGACUAAGAUGCCACUUUUGCAUAGGACAAAAUUGUUGUGCUGGAAUAUUGUCUAAUCGCAUUGCCCUUCCUUCUCAAGAGGAGAUGGAUAAAGAUAAUGAAGCAUGUUACUUGUCACUUGAAGCAUCCGGCACUCCUAAGAGCUACACUCAUAACUUGGCCCUUGUUUAGUGGGACUAGACUGGAUUGCGAAUCACUGUGGGGUUCCUGCUGUUGAAGAAUGGAGAAUGCAAAUGUACAAUGUCGUGUCUAAGAACAAGCUCGUGCAGUGGGACUACACUACAGUAGUAUUGCAGUGGGACUAGACUACAAUAACUGGAUUGCGGAUCAGUGUGGGGUUCCUGCUAUUGAAGAAUGGAGAAAGCAAAUGUGCAAUGUCAUGUCUAAGAACAAGCUCGUGCAACCCCAAUCUAUUUUUUCUUCUCUUUGUAUAUGGGUUAUAGCACCCCUUAUGGUAUCUUAUAUACAUUUUUUUAGCCUUCAAAAAAAAACUUGGCCCUUCCUUGAAAACAAGUGUAGAUUUUAUUUGUGUGUCAUAGCUUGUAUUGUGGCCUUUGUGCACAAUGUACUUCAUCUUUCUAUCAAGUCUGAAAUUAUAUUCAAUGAAUAAAGCUUAUGCACCUUUGAUUAA